CAUCUGUACAAAAGUUGUUCAGCUGUAACACCCUUUCGGUGCCGAGCUGCCAAACCAUCCGAAAGAAGCACAUUGGCUGGGAUACUCCCAGGUUGUCCAAGCCUAGACAGGGGAAGUCGAGAGGUAGAGGUCGUGUUCGAACCACUGGCCUUCUGGUCGGUAAAUUCGGGCUCUCCGACCACCUCCCGAUUUCCACUUAAACAUCCACAACAGCCUGCUAGCUGUUCAGUGUAUAACGAGGAAAUUUGUCGACCCAAAGAACUGUGCGGAUUUAUUGCAUGUGUCCAGUUCCAAUCCAAAUCCACUCGUUCACUCAGAGGUGGAAGCACCGGCUGCAAGACUGGGUCCCCAUCCAGGGAGACGUCGAUUACCAGCGCAUUUGGGUUUGCUGGUAAAGGCUUUCAUGCUUCGCUGCUGAGUCGGCUUGACCUCUCCUGGGUCGUUACCACUCUUCGUGCCGUUGUGCAAAAUGAUCUCUUCGAGGAAGCCGGUCGACUGACUAUGGUGGGCGAAUUAUUUCUUCCGAAAUCUAUUCGAUAUACUUCAGUACUACUGAUCCGAUGUUCCCACCAGAUUCGGUUGAGGUGGGGUGGUGGGGGGGUUUGGGCGAGAAAGCUCAGUGUUGGUCUUGAAAUCGACACAACUGCUAUGACCGAUUCGGGUUCCCUUCCGAAUUCCUCGCAAGCGUCUGAGGCAAAUCGGCAUCAGCUGACAGCUAGUCUCACGUCCACUGAUUUAUCGGAUCCGACUUUUCAAUGCGGUUUGCUCACCUGGCGACCCCGGUGCAUUCAACGUGCUGCAAAUAUCCGGGUAUUUCUAGCUGCAGCCUGUUUCAUCUCGUGCCUACAAGCCGCGUUUUCUGGCUACUGUGCUUCACAAGUGACCACACUAGAGAAGCGUUUCGCAGUAGGCAGUAGUGUUAUUGGCGCAGUGAAUUCAUUCUUCGAAGUUGGAUAUAUUAUUUCUGUGAUUUUCGUCAGCUAUGCAGGUAGUCGGGGCCAUGUACCGCUUUGGAUUUCUAUAGGAUUGUUUGUGAUGAUGGCCGGUGCCUUGCUUUGGUCCGUGCCGCAUUUCCUCUUUUCUUACAAGGCCCAGGGAGUCAGUACAUCGGACGCCAGCGUCAGCGUCACGGGGGAGUCGUUGUGUUCCCAAAACCUCAGCCAAAAGGCUACUGCCAGCGAGUGUAACGAUGAGGAAAGCUCUGGAUAUGGAUUUUUACCCAUCUUUUUUCUUGCUCAACUUUUCAUUGGCGCCGGAUCAAGCCCUAUCUUGACUCUGGCCCCUCCGUUUAUUGAUGAUCAUGUGCAUCCGACCAAGGCACCGCCUAUGAUAGCUUCACAAUACGCGGCAGCUGCAAUGGGGCCGGUGCUUGGUUUCGCCCUCGGCGCAAUGGUUCUCCAAUACCCAGCUGAACUGUUCGCCAGACCGUUUAUGAAACCAGAUGAUCCUGAAUGGAUUGGUGCCUGGUGGCUUGGGUUCAUCAUUUUAAGCAUUUUGGUAUUUCCUGGGGCAGUAAUCUUGCUCCUAUUCCCUCGCCAACUACGUGGGCUCUCAGGAGAAUCUUGUAAAAAGCGCCCAUUGGUCGAAAGACAGAUUUCAGUGCAAGAAAACGGAUCAGCAAAACCAGACGGGCCUAUGAGCAUCUCUAACCAGUUAAAUAUGAUGGCUCAGUCCACAUCGGAACUGCACAGUGAACUACCGUCUCAAAGUCCGUGGAGCGAUUAUUCUCGACCUAAUUCACGAUCAAGAAGAACACCGUACAGCUGUGCUCCGCAACUUCGUUGUCGAAAGUUCGACUCCCCGGACAAAUGUGUCCGUUUCUCGCAUACCGUCCGAUCACUUAUCCGGAAUCGAGUUUACCUGGUUGUCUGCCUAUGCAUCUGUUCCGAAAUGUUUAUGAUAAUAGGAUUCGCUUCGUUUCUACCAAAAUAUAUGGAGAUUGAAUAUCAUUUAUCCAAGUCCACCGCCAGCGCGAUAGCCGGGGGACUCAUUGUUCCAGCUGGUGCCUUUGGUAUCCUCGUUGGAGGUCUCAUUCUGAAUCGGUUCCGUUUCCGACGUCGUGGUGAGUUUCUGCCUGGUAUACUUCCCCCUUUGGCUAACUUACUCGUCAAUAAAGCUUGUGUAACUUUGGCUAGUUCCAUAAGUGAUCCUGUGGCCUCACCGGAGUCAACGUUCGCACAAAACAUUUUCCCGCAUUAUACUGUGUGGGAGUGCGUACCGGCGGUGUUAACUCAGGCCAACUUUAGUCGGAAAAGGGCGGAUACACUCAGAGCAGGCCUGUUGGGUGACCACGUUCGUAUCAACACUUUCAUAGACUUGAACUUGACGGUGGGCAAUGAAGUCGACUUUCGAUUUGCUGCACUUGCCCCUCGAGUCUCCUCUGUGUACUGGUUUGGACUGUAUAAACGUGUUCUGAUUUUGAUUACGAUUCGGCUUCUAAAUUCCCACUCUGUUUCCCCUGAUACCUCCGCUCUAUGCAGCCAAACAGCAAACAAAUCAGAUUUGAUUCGUUGGCGGAACGGAUCCCAGGAGGCGGAGGCCUUCCACGUUUGUAAUGCUAACUGCCACUGUGACGCAACCAACUGGGCUCCUGUGUGUCAUCCAGCCAGCGGGGUUACUUUCAUUUCCGCCUGCUUUACUGCUUGCACAAAGAGUUCGGUGCCGUCAGGUUCGACCAAUCGUCAUGUCUAUCUCAAUUGCAACUGCACCCAGACGCUACACCGGUAUUACGAACCUUUGAUCACCGCUCCCGACGACCUGCACAUUCUCCCGGGUCAAUGCGCUCAUGAGUGCAAUCGCAUUGUCUUCUUCAUAGUCAUUCUGACCAGUUGUUUAUUUCUCACCGGCGUCAUUCAGAACCCACUCCUAAUGGUGACGAUGCGCUCGGUCGGACACGGCGAACGCGCGUUUGCGUUAGGUGUGCAGUUUGUCAUUAUACGCCUGCUGGCCAGUAUGCCUUCCCCAAUUGUGUUUGGACGUGUGAUCGACGGUGCCUGUCGAUUCUGGCGCUAUGGAUGUGGUCGUCGAGGCGACUGCGCGUUUGUAGAUUUGCGCAAGCUCAAUUUGUACAUGACGGGUCUAGGCAUUAUUCUAAAAUCCGUCGGUUUGAUCCUGUACAUCAUCCUUCUAUGUUUGCUCCGUCACUCACCGGUCAACCAAGAUGGUAAUGACCCGAACUUCCUUCUCCCCACAACACGAACUUGUCGUAAACCGAGUGAACCUCUUGGGGGUGCUUCCGCAACAUUUUGAAAAAGGACGUUUUGUGUUUAAAACAAAUGAACGCAUUCCACCUGUCGUACCAUGUGUUUCCGAUCCCUUCCUGGCGCAUUACCGCCUUUGACAACUUCACAGUAUAUCAGAUCUUUAUAAAGCUGCAUUUUUUGUAGAAAAGAACAAUACAUUGUUCGCUUGUAUGAUAACAUAUUUUCUUGCCUUCAUGCGCUGGAAUGCUUCCAGACGUGUUUUCUUUUCCAAUGUUAUCGGAGUCUUUUUUGCAAGUUUUGCGCUAUCAUCGUCUGCUCAGGACGUGUCUGUAGUACGAGCAACCGCUUCAUUUUCUCUCCGAUCUUCCCUGCAUCACCUUCCGAGCAGCCUGCUUUUGAGUCGGCUGCGUCCGGUCCAGCGUAAGUGCUGCAUACUUCCUACAAAAACCUAGCCCCCCACUCUCCCCUCAUACACGUUGAAUGUUUUGAGAUUUAUUUAUACGGUACAACCUUCCACAUAUAUCGUUCAGUUUAUGCGCGAAGACCCCACCGAGAUUCGACAAUGUUUUGCUGUUUCCAUGCCUGACCUGCAGAAGCGCACACAAAGCCUGUUCGAACGCAAUCUGCUGCCUCACCCCAUACCUAUAUCCAUAAUCAUACGAGUAUAUCUGUUGCUGUGAUACAAGCUCCAUUGUAUUAUUGUUGACAAUUAUUCACGUUUUAUGACACGGUAAUAUCCAAAGAAACGAAC